UUGAAUAACAUGUCAACACAUUCAAAUAUGACAAACUCAAAAUUUGAAAAACGUUUUAAAAAAUAUUAUUUUAAACUGUUAUGAGUUUCCGUACUGAUACGUUCAUUAUCAUACGAUAUGGCCCCUACAAUGCUUAUGGUACUAUCGACCAUCGUACACAAAAACUUACCGGAUUAUGCGGUGCCCUUACAGGUCUGGGCUACGAGUUUAUCCUUGUUCCUAUAAACGAAUAUAACAGAAUGUCUGUUGAAAUAUACGAUCGGGAAAUAUUCCGUUGCGACAUCAGAAAUUUGAUGUUUAAUAUGCCAAUAGAGGAAGAUCCGGUUGGUCAGAGAGCUCUUGCCGCAAUCGAAGAGGCGCGGCGUCGAAUGUGUGCAGUCGAAAGCGAAGAUAACCAAGAGACCCAAUCAGCGAAAGGCACUUCGACAUCCUCAGUGGAUCCGACCAAAGCGUUUUCGAAUGAAGUUUCCGAACUACUUCCGUUCGAUGAGGAAAAUAUUCAGCACAAAAGCUUAAGCGGACGCGCUAUUCGUGAAGAGGUCGAAGAAAAAAUCGGAAAAGUUAAAAUUAUGGUCGGCGAAAAGGCUGAUGUAGAAAGUAAUCAAUUGCACGAGUUGUUCGAGGUCGGGGAGGAAAAACCCGAGGGGGAUGUUAAAUCAGACCUUGUUUUCGAUUUAAGAUCUGCAUAGUAAUUUCUGUUUCUUUCUAUUUCAAUUAUCAAUUGUUCUUUUUUACAUUUCCAUAUUCCAGUGCUUAAGUUUGCGAAACAAACAUACAAGAAAACACUUUUUUUUUUAAAUAAUUAUUAGUUUAAUAUACAACAUGCCUUAAAAAGUAUAAAA